CCCCUGCUGUGGGGAGCAUAGCGUCUGCUGAUUCCAGUGAAGGGAUGAUUCAUCUGGAGCCAGCUGCUAAAUAGGACCAAAAAAUCAGUUCCGUUUUGAAGUUGAGGGCAACAUCAUGUUAAGGUAAUGAAGUGAAAUGACCCUUUCGUUCCAAUGUGUGUAUGAUGCGCGUCUUGAAGAAGACUUGAGAUUGCUGAGCUCUGUCUUUGGCAAAGCUGUAGAAAUCAACCAGAGACCUGCUUGACCAUGCUGAAGUAGCUAAGAAUGACCAACCUGACUCCUUUAUUUUAUGCUUCAGUUAAAUAAGAUGAGUUAAUUCAGAAUUGGAGUAAAUUCAGGGAAGAAGAAAGCACUAGUCAUUUUCGUGGGGAUGGCUCCUGCUUGCCAGAGCUGCACAAAGAUAAUCGCUCAGGAAGUGUUUCAGCCAAUCCCCUGAAGCUUUACAUUCGGAUUUACCAAAGUAGCCAAUCCAGGAUUAGCUUUUAUUGGGAAGACAGAUCAUCAAGCUGAAGUGCCAAGCCCUUUCUGUCUGAGUACUGAGAGCCUGUCCUCCAUGUUUUAUAAGUAUUGACAUAACACUGUGUUAACAAUGCAUCCACAGAGACUGGCAAAGCCUUGGCAUACCUACUUCUUCACAGGAGGAUGGUGUUUUUAGAGUUUAUCAAGAUCCUGGUAUUCCAAAGAAGCUUUCUCUCUCUGAGCAGUUUGCCAGCACUAUUGUCUGUUGUGUCACAUGCCUGCUGAAGAGAAAAUGGAAGCUAGGGAGCAGAUGCAUUUAACUGCCCUACAGGGAGUCAAGCAGGGAUAAUGGCAGACAGAAGAACAGCUUGGCUGAAGAGGAAAUAAAGGCAGAGCAGGAGGUGGUGGAGGGGAUGGAUAUCUCUACUCGAUCCAAAGAUCCUGGCUCUGCUGAACGCACAGCACAAAAAAGGAAGUUUCCCAGCCCUCCACAUUCUUCCAAUGGCCACUCCCCACAAGAUGCAUCAACGAGUCCUAUAAAAAAGAAAAAGAAACCUGGUCUAUUGAACAGUAAUAACAAAGAGCAGUCAGAACUAAGACAUGGUCCGUUUUACUAUAUGAAGCAGCCACUCACCACAGACCCUGUUGAUGUUGUACCACAGGAUGGACGGAAUGAUUUCUAUUGCUGGGUUUGUCAUCGGGAAGGCCAAGUCCUCUGCUGUGAACUCUGUCCUCGGGUUUAUCAUGCUAAGUGUCUGAAACUGACAGCGGAACCAGAGGGGGAUUGGUUUUGCCCAGAAUGUGAGAAAAUCACUGUAGCAGAAUGCAUAGAAACACAGAGUAAAGCUAUGACAAUGCUCACCAUUGAACAGCUAUCAUAUUUACUGAAGUUUGCACUACAGAAAAUGAAACAGCCAGGGACAGAGCCAUUUCAAAAGCCAGUUUCACUGGAUCAGCACCCAGAUUAUGCAGAAUAUAUCUUUCAUCCAAUGGACCUUUGUACAUUAGAAAAGAAUGUUAAAAAGAAAAUGUACGGUUGCACUGAAGCAUUUUUGGCUGAUGCCAAAUGGAUUUUGCACAACUGCAUUAUUUACAAUGGGGGAAAUCACAAAUUGACACAAACAGCAAAAGUCAUCAUCAAAAUCUGUGAGCAUGAGAUGAAUGAAAUUGAAGUAUGUCCGGAAUGUUAUUUAGCUGCUUGCCAAAAAAGAGAGAAUUGGUUUUGUGAGCCUUGUAGCAAUCCUCACCCUUUGGUCUGGGCUAAACUCAAAGGCUUUCCAUUCUGGCCUGCUAAAGCACUGAGGGAUAAAGAUGGGCAAGUUGAUGCCCGUUUCUUUGGCCAACAUGACAGGGCCUGGGUUCCAAUAAAUAAUUGCUACCUCAUGUCUAAAGAAAUUCCUUUUUCUGUGAAAAAGACUAAAAGCAUCUUCAACAGUGCAAUGCAAGAGAUGGAGGUUUAUGUUGAUAACAUUCGUAGAAAGUUUGGGGUAUUUAACUACGCACCUUUCCGGACACCAUAUACUCCCAACAAUCAAUACCAAAUGUUAUUAGACCCUGCAAACCCAACUGCUGGAACUGCAAAGACAGACAAACAAGAGAAAAUCAAACUGAACUUUGAUAUGACAGCAUCACCGAAGAUUCUAAUGAGCAAGCCUAUGCUGAGCAGUAGCACAGGUCGUAGGAUUUCACUGACAGAUAUGCCACGGUCACCAAUGAGUACAAACUCAUCAGUCCACACUGGAUCUGAUGUUGAACAGGAUGCGGAAAAAAAAGCAACUUCCAGUCACUUUAGCGCAAGUGAAGAAUCCAUGGACUUUAUUGACAAAAACACAGCUUCUCCAGCACCAACAAGAACGGGUCAAGCAGGGAGCUUGUCAGGCAGCCCCAAACCUUUCUCUCCUCAAGCUUCAACACCAAUUUCUGCUAAGCAAGAAAGAACUUCCACUCCAGGAAGCAUUCUGAAUCUUAAUCUUGAUCGUAGCAAAGCUGAAAUGGAUCUGAAAGAGUUGAGUGAGUCAGUCCAACAGCAGUCCACCCCCGUGCCACUCAUUUCACCAAAACGACAGAUCCGUAGUAGGUUCCAGCUUAAUCUUGACAAGACAAUAGAGAGUUGUAAAGCACAACUUGGAAUAAAUGAAAUAUCUGAAGCUGUUUAUACUGCAGUAGAACACAGUGACUCUGAAGAUUCUGAAAAAUCUGACACCAGUGACAGUGAAUAUAGCGAUGAGGAUCAGAAAUCAAAGAAUGAUCAAGAAGAUGGAGAGGACAAGGAAGGUGCAAGAAGUGACAAAGAAUCAUUGACAUUGAAAAAAAAACCUAAGCCCCCAUCUCAGAAUGAAGACAAGGAGGAACUUAAAUGCACAAGUCCAGAAGUGGAGAAAACAGAUGACCCAGUUAAAGAAAAGGCAAUUACAGACACUGAAAAAGAAUUUUCUGAAAAGGGAAAAAAUUUGCAACAUCCUGCAAAAGAAAAACUGAAAGGUAAAGAUGAAACGGACUCUCCAACUGUGCAUCUAGGGCUGGACUCGGAUUCUGAGAGUGAACUUGUCAUCGACCUAGGAGAUGAUCAUUGUGGGCGUGAAGGACGGAAAACCAAGAAAGAACCUAAAGAACUGCCUUCUAAACCAGAUGUUUUAGGUAAAACUCCACCUUCUUCCAGUGCAAGCACCCAGCCCCCACCAGAAACUCCAGUACUUACCCGCUCUGCAGCGCAGACUCCACCAGCUGGUGUAACAGCAACUACUAGUGCUACUUCUACUGUUAGUGCUCCAUCUGCAGCCACUGGAAGCCCUGUGAAAAAGCAGAGGCCUCUACUACCUAAGGAAACGGCGCCCGCUGUGCAGCGAGUAGUGUGGAAUUCCUCAAAUAAAUUUCAGACUUCUUCUCAGAAAUGGCACAUGCAGAAGGUGCAGAGACAGCAGCAACAGCAGCAGAGCCAGCAGUCUCAGUCACAGCAACCUCAGUCCUCUCAAGGGACGAGAUAUCAGACAAGACAAGCAGUUAAAGCUGUGCAGCAAAAAGAGAUCACCCAGAGCACUUCUACAUCAACUAUAACCUUAGUUACAAGUACUCAGCCUAUUUCUAUGGUUACCAGUUCUGGAUCUGCAAGUACACUUUCUUCUUCAGUUAAUACAGACUUGCCAAUAGCAACAGCUUCAGCUGAUGUGGCUGCAGAUAUUGCUAAAUAUACUAGCAAAAUGAUGGAUGCCAUUAAAGGAACAAUGACUGAAAUAUAUAAUGAUCUUUCCAAAAAUACCACUGGAAGUACAAUAGCUGAGAUUCGUCGUUUGAGGAUUGAGAUAGAAAAACUUCAAUGGUUACAUCAACAGGAACUCUCAGAAAUGAAGCAUAAUCUAGAGCUGACAAUGGCUGAAAUGCGUCAGAGUCUAGAACAGGAACGGGAUCGCUUGAUUGCUGAGGUGAAAAAGCAGCUGGAAUUGGAAAAGCAGCAAGCAGUGGAUGAAACUAAAAAGAAGCAGUGGUGUGCCAACUGCAAGAAAGAGGCCAUUUUUUAUUGCUGUUGGAAUACCAGCUACUGUGAUUAUCCCUGCCAGCAAGCUCACUGGCCUGAGCAUAUGAAAUCCUGCACGCAGUCAGCUACUGCAACACAGCAAGAAACAGAUACUGAAAUUAGCACAGAAACAUUAAAUAAAUCAUCCCAGCCCAGUUCCAGUGUGCAGCCUACACCUGCAGAAACAGCCAGCACCCCCAAGGAAAAAGAAGGUUCAGCUGAUAAAAGCAAAGAGGGUGUUACAAUAGCAACAGGUGUGACAAGCAACCAGCCUAUAAAACUGGUCCAGGUACCGCAGACCACCACCUAUAUUCCAACUACUCAACCCACAAUUGUAAGUACAACAUCAUCAUUUACAGUCUGCAGUAGCACUGUUCCUGGCAUUAAAAUUGCUCAGUAUUUCUGGGGGGUUGUCUCCGUCUGCUGUUCUAUCAAGAUAUGAAUUCACUGGUAUAGUCUCAACUUGCAGUGCAAAAUGCCUUAUUUUGCUGUGCAACAUUCCACCCUUAGCUUAUCUUUCAUUUCAUCGUUGAUUAUAACAAGGAUUCAGAAGUUGUCAUUAAGUAUAGCUAAGGCGCUGAGGAUAGUCAGACUUCCAUCUUACAUUAUUACGUUAGUUAUUUGUCCGUUUCAUGUGCUUACUUGACCACAUCAAUGUAAAUAUAUAGAAUUCAUUUUAAAUAUCUUUUAAAUAUCUUUUUGUCUGUGGUAUCCUAAAAAGAUUUAACUAAUCCUGAGCUAUGCUUGAUAUUCCUGUGACAUCUCAGUAACUCUUAAGGGAAAAAAUGUAUUUAUCAGUAGUGUUAUCUCCUAGGCAGUCUUGCACGUUAGCAUUGUGAAAUGAUGAGAAAUAGCGUUGGAAUCAGUCCUGGGUUUUUUUCAUUGAAAAUUAACCAAGGACACUUGAAUUCCCUAAUGUCAGUCACCAGAGAUGGGACAGAAGUGAGUUCAUUUUUCUGUUUUAAUGCGCCAUAAUAUCACAUUCUUUUAACUGGUCAUGUUCUGCAGUGUUCAGUUCAGAGGCAGCAUGGGAUCUGAGCUGACAUUCUUCUUUCCAGAAAGAAAAAUGCUUAUAUUACACUGGUAACUGAACUGCAUGUCCUGUCUCAGUGGUGGGGUCAGCAGGAGAAGCCCAUGUUUAGGUAACUUCAGUUCAUUUCCUGACUGAAGUUAGACAAUUUAAAUUAAUUUUCAUACUGUGAUUGUGAGGCCUAAUUUGCUAUAAAAGUUACUGUGUAUAUAUGCAUAUAUAUUACACAUAGGCAUAUAUAUGUAGCAGCUGCAACAUAUAUAUGUCAGUAUGUAUCUGUGUCUGUGUGUGUACACACACACACGCACAGACAUACAUUACAGUAAUUCAUAGCCAUCAUACUGCAUACAAAAAUUUUACUGCUUUUAGCUGGGUAUCAUGAUUUUUUUCACAUUCCUGACAGCAUUUUAACUCAACUCAUUGUAUCUCAACUGAGAGCACUGUGUAUCUUCACAGGAUUGGCCCCAAGUUACUUGGACUGAGUUGCUAUGACAACAAGGUUUUAUAUGUGUGUUAAAAUCAGUAGCAAGCAUCAGACAAGUUAGGUUCUUUGUAAAUGGCUGAGAGGUUUAAUGAUCAUAAGGCGGUUUCGUGUAAUAUUCAGAAAAAUGGCCAUUAUCUUCAUCGGUUUUCUGUAAUACAAAGCAUAUUGCGUUAUGUAAAACAUAAUUGGAGAGUUUGCAAGGUUUCAGCCUUUAUUUGUGCAUGCUUAAAACUUUGUACACAUAUUUGCAUAAGUCUUGCACAGCUACAGACACCUCUGUAUGCUAAUGAUUGCACGUGCAAUUUAAAUAAUUUUAAAUCUUAGUGCAUGUUAAUAUGUAUGCAGAAUGUACAUUUGUGGAAAAACUGGCAGAGGUGGAAAAAUUACCUCUCAGGGAAUGAUCCUAACACAUUUAGAGAGUCUUGCACAUUCCAUAUCCUGAUCACUAUAAGAACUGAAACUUAUUUUUUCAUUUGUCUAAGUGUGUAUAUUUAAAAGAUCACUGUGGCGACCUUAAGUUCCCCACCUGUAAUACGAAUGAUGACUUAUAUAAUGGCUUCUUUAGGCUUCAACUUGCACUUUGUUUCCGACUAGGAAUUUCUUCCUCUGAACAACUUUCAGUAAAUCUUCUUUGUACCAUUUCCAUUGAACUCUCCUUACACAUCCGAAAUCCUUUGAUUACCAAAUAGCAGUAAUCUUCAAUUGAUCUAGCAGAUUGAUUCCAUGUUUGGUUUUUAUUCUUUCUGCAGUUAAAAUAUUGUGAAAAUACGAGUUCAUCAUCUUUGCAUUCCAGGGAAUGGAAUGGUAGGCUUCUGGAAGACAAGACUUUGUCACAGAGGCACUAAUAAACACUCUAGGAUGUAAUCUCAGUAGGGAUAUUCACAACCUUUGUUGAAAUGCCAUCAAGACACUAAUGUCGUUCCUUAAAACAGUGUGGGGAAACAUUGGGCUUCAGUGAACUUGUACUUCUUCUUCCAUAUUCUCUUUGGAAUUUUACGCUAAUAUCAUGGGAGAGGCCUGUGCAUCCCUUUCAGAUUCCUCAAAAUCUCACUUCUUGUUUCUUCCACAUUAAAACCUUGUGAACUGAAAUGGAUGCAUUUGUUUGAUCAUCAGUUGUGCAUCAGUGGAACUGUAUCGAAACAUACUUGCAGUUUGUAUGGUAUAGAAUUGCUGAACUUCCUCACAUUUCUGGAGGAAGGUUAAGAUUCAGACUCAAAAUUCAAUAAAUCCUUUUCCAGAUCUUCCAGAGUGAUGUGACCUUGACCGGAUUGUUUAACAUUAUUGUGCCUUUGUCUCUCCAUCUGUAGAAUCGAUUACCGUAGAGUAAAUCAGUUACUCUAGAGAUGUCCUGAAACUUCCGUUGUUAAGAUUUCUAAAUCAUGAUAUGCACGAUGAAAGCGCAAAGUUUAUUCUAUAUUAGUAUUUUUGCAGGGAGUAUGAGAUAGUUUCCAGUAAUGUUGAUGGUUUUGUUAUUGAUUUGUGCAAAAGUUAACUUAAAGUACUUUUUUGUUCAAACGAAUGUUUUAUGUUCUCUUCUGUGUCAACUGAAUGCAGGAAGGAGUUCCUUUUGGGGAAAAAGAUUUAAGUAACAUGUAACAAGGAUAUGCUUUUAAAUAAGGGUAUUUUUGUACUCCAGUUUGAUUCAUGAAAACUCUUUUUCAAAUGACAAAGGAUUUUCUUAGCCCUUUACCUCUCCUUGUGUAUUAGUUUGGGGAAAAUACAUAACUGGAUAUAAUAACUAUGAAAACUUAAUUCUCCAAGCAUAGGCAGAGUAUGUACAGUGCCUAUAGGACCACCUGCCACUGUAAUUAUAAAGUAAUAGUAACAAAGAAAAAAACCUUGUCUUUUAGGAAAGUAAGUAAAACACUACUUUCUGCCUUGGAAUGAGGUAAUACUGCGGUAAUAAAGGUAUUAAUUCUUGCACAAAGCUAGAACAUGCUCUGGAUUUUCCCUGGAAAAUAAAUCUCUAUUUCUGUGGUCAUGUUUAUGUGACCUUUAACAUAACGAUAUGUUUCUCUUGGUUUUAAUCCACAGACCAUUCCUGUAGUGGUAAGUCCUUCUGCUGGGACAGUGGCAAUGAGAACUGGAGUUCAGUAUGUUCAGACCACAAUGCCAGUCCAAGUACGA